AUGGUCCAACCAACUCGCCCUCCCGCCAACGGUUUCGUUGCAGUAGCACGAAAAGUCUACAAUCCCCUCGGAUUCUCCAAGGGCUACAACUUUAUCCUUUUCUUCAUUUUCUUCGGUGCUCUGAUGGGCUUCACACUCGCCAGAUUCCAAUAUCUCAACUUCAACCUCUUCUGCUCACCUGGUCACGCAGGGCCGGGAGAAUGCUUUUAUUACCAAAGGACCGUCGAGCAAAUUGGCAUCAAGAUGCAUCUCGGAACUAUCCUGCCAGCUUCCUUCCUGGCAUGCUUUCAGUUCGUCCCUGUCAUCCGCCACAAAGUCCUGCUUUUCCAUCGCAUCAAUGGUUACAUCAUCGUCCUUCUCUCACUGCUCAGCACGGCUGGAGUCUUCAUGUUCCUGCGCACCGCGUUUGGAGGCGGAAUCGACACUCAAGCAGGUGUCGGCGUGAUGUCGAUCGCGUUCAUUGGGUCCAUGAUCAUGGCCUACAUCAACAUCAAGAGACUGCAAAUCGAGCAGCACAGAGCUUGGAUGUUGCGAGCAUGGUUCUAUGCCGGGUCUAUCAUUACCCUUCGUAUCAUUCAAAUCAUCUCAGUCACUAUCACGAGCAGCAUGGGCACAUACUUUGUCGCACGCCCAUGCGACCAGGUUGCGUUCAUGAUCGAUGACCAGAACCGAACCCUGCAAUUGUACCCCGAAUGUGCCUCCUUCUUUUCUGGAGAGAACCCGGCGCAGCAAGUGGUCGUCCAUGCCAACCUGAACGGCGCCACAUCAGCAGCCGAAGCUGCAGCUGCCCUCGGCAAUUCAUUUGGAACGGCUCUCUGGAUUGCUCUUACUAUUCAUGCUGUCGGUGUAGAGAUUUACUUGAGACUCACACCAGCCGAGGCCGAGAGACUUCGCAAUGUGUCGUACAAGAGACAGUUGGAAGCCGGCAUGAACCCCGCCGGUAGAGCCGGAAUCACAGUUGAUCGCCUUGGAGACUCUGAGAAGUGGCAGCCUAACCAGAGGCCCUCCCAAGUUCACAAGCCGUCUCAGGACGACUCUACCUCGCAGCUCCAGACUCCUUGA